AACGGCUGCCGUUCGGAGGGCGGGACCCCCCUGCACGUGGACGGCAGAAUGAGGGACACUCUGGUGGCACCCGCCUUGCAACUUACUCAAGUCAUCGACUCAGGACAAAAACCUGCGCCUCGUUUCCCAUCGCCAUCCUCCCCCCAACCAUCUUGCUGUUCACCAGACUGUUUCGCUUCGCCUGUGUCGUUGUCUCUACGGGCUCCGUACGACGAUCGACGCUGUCGCGCAGAGCAUCGUCAGAGCCCAGCGCUGUUGAUCGACUUUCUUCCAGCCCAAUCCUCGCUCGGUCUUCGCCGACGCCCCACCAUAUUCCGCCACUUCGUGCACUCGAUCUGUCUCGACGACGACAAACUAUCCCAAUCGACCCGGACUUUGGGACACGAUCCUGGUAUAGGCAUCAUGGACAGUGUUCUUCGCCAGUCCAAGGCCAUGUGCCCUUUCCUCAAGGCCGCGUCGCCCGCCACGCUGCGGGCCAUGUCCACAUCGGCUCGCCCCAAGGCGUCGCCCUGCGGCGGCACCAUGUCCAAGUUGCAGCUCUACGCCCAUCGCUGCCCCGUCAUGGGCAAGGCCCUGGCCGUGCAGUCCGCCCGCACCGGUGGUGCCCCCGCUGGUCUUCGUGCCUUCUCCGGCCACGGCAAGGCGGCUGCCAAUCGGGCUCGCAUUCACACGAGCCGCAACCAGGAGGCCCGGGCCGUCGACAACCCCAUUCUCGAGGGCCGGGAUGAAGCUCGUAUACCGCCCGGCAUGGCCGUCCCUCGCAAGGAUGCCGCACCCGCCGUUGGCGCCGGCCUCUCCCACGACGCGGGCAAGUUCAACUACGACGCCUUCUAUAACGUUGAAUUGGACAAGAAGCACAAGGACAAGUCUUACCGCUAUUUUAACAACAUCAACCGCCUCGCGAGGGAGUUUCCCCGUGCUCACAUGGCCAACAAGGAGGAUCGUGUUACUGUUUGGUGCGCCAACGACUACCUCGGCAUGGGUCGCAACUCUCGCGUCUUGAACAAGAUGCACGAGACCCUUGAUGAGUACGGCGCUGGUGCCGGCGGCACGCGAAAUAUCUCAGGCCAUAACAAACAUGCCGUCGAACUCGAGGGGACAUUGGCCAAGUUGCAUGCCAAGGAGGCCGCGCUGGUCUUCAGCUCCUGCUACGUCGCCAACGACGCCACUCUCGCGACUCUGGGUAGCAAGCUGCCCGACUGCGUCAUCCUCUCUGAUAGCUUGAACCAUGCUUCCAUGAUUCAGGGCAUUCGCCAUUCCGGCACGAAGAAGAUUGUCUUCAAGCACAAUGACGUGGCCGAUCUCGAGGCCAAGCUUGCUUCCCUACCCCUGCAUGUCCCCAAGAUCAUCGCCUUUGAGUCUGUCUACAGCAUGUGCGGCUCAAUUGGACCGAUUGAGAAGAUUUGCGACCUGGCAGAUAAGUAUGGUGCCAUCACCUUUCUCGAUGAAGUGCAUGCUGUCGGCAUGUACGGUCCACAUGGCGCUGGUGUUGCUGAGCACCUGGACUGGGAGGCACAUCGCCAAGGCCGGCCCUCGGGCUCUGUCAUGGACCGCAUCGACAUCAUCACGGGCACGCUUGGCAAAGCCUAUGGCUGCGUUGGCGGCUACAUUGCCGGCAGCAAUAAGUUGGUGGACAUGAUCCGAUCCUUGGCCCCUGGGUUCAUCUUCACGACCUCGCUGCCGCCGGCGACUAUGGCCGGGGCAAAGGCCUCGAUUGAGUAUCAGAUGGAAUACGAUGGCGACCGUCGUCUGCAGCAGCUUCAUACACGGGCUGUCAAGGAGGAAAUGAACGCGCGGGACAUCCCGGUCAUCCCGAACCCGUCUCACAUCAUCCCCCUUCUGGUUGGCAACGCGGAGCUUGCCAAAGCUGCCUCGGACAUGUUGCUGCAGGACUACCAGAUCUACGUCCAGUCGAUCAACUAUCCCACGGUGCCUGUGGGCCAAGAGCGCCUCCGCAUCACGCCGACCCCAGGACACACUAAGGAGUAUCGUGACGAGCUGGUGGCCGCUGUGGACGAGAUUUGGACUCGCUUGGGCAUCAAGCGCACCUCGCAGUGGGCUGCCGAGGGCGGCUUCAUCGGCGUUGGGGAACCGGGUAACGUCGCGCAGCCACUCUGGACGAACAAGCAGCUGGGCAUCGAGGAGGCGGCGCAGGAGAUGAAGGCCACGGGCGACGCGAGCCAAGGCUUCACCGAGGCGCUCCUUGCGCGCGAGAGCCAUAGUGUGACCCGCGUGGCCAGCGCCGCCGCCUAAGCGGUCCCCGUAGCAUGCAAGUGCCGGUCGGUAGUUGAGCCGGACACUUGGAUUGCUACCGUUGGCCGCGGCCGACACUGACGUUACUUUCAUACCUGACCAAUUGACUGAAAGCUUUUGAGGGACACGCGAUGUUCCCGCCAUGAAUCGAUGAAAGCUUCACCGUAUGGCCACUGGGUGAUAUCGUUCGUAGUAGUAAUACACCUCACGAUGC